AUGUCUGUAUCGUCGGUGAAGGAUGUCACAUCCUUACCGAAGCCGGCGGCAAGCAUCCAGCAGAAUGAAGCUGUGAGAGAACCAUCGAAGGGCGGUGGGAACUACAAGGGUUUCGUAGCAGGAGUCUUCUCCGGUAUCGCGAAGUUAUCCGUUGGCCACCCCUUUGACACAAUAAAAGUCCGCCUCCAAACCAGCUCCAAAACCCAGUUCUCCGGCCCCAUCGACUGCGUCCUCCAGACUCUACGCAAAGAAGGCGUCAAUGGCAUCUACAAAGGCGCCACUCCACCCCUCCUCGGCUGGAUGUGUAUGGACUCCGUGAUGCUGGGCUCCCUGACCCUCUACCGCCGUCUGCUCAACGAGCACGUCUUCCAACCUCUCCGCGCUCGGCCUUCGCACCCUGCUGUGUACCUCCCGGAUGCGGAGCGGAAGAAACUCCCAGCUGUUGGCCACGGUAUCGCGGGAAUGUUUGCUGGUUGGACUGUCUCUUUAAUCGCGGCGCCGGUCGAGCAUGUGAAAGCGAGGUUGCAGAUCCAGUAUGCUUCUGAUAAGACUAAGCGGUUGUACUCGGGCCCGGUGGACUGCACGCGCAAAUUGCUCAAGGGGCAUGGGGUAGUAGGCCUAUGGCACGGAUUGAGCGCUACGUUAUUGUUCCGGACGUUCUUCUUCUGCUGGUGGGGCAGCUACGAUGUUCUGACCAGGCAGUUGCAGGAGAGGACCAAUCUCAGCACUCCGGCGGUGAACUUCUGGGCUGGAGGUUUGAGUGCGCAGGUCUUCUGGAUCACGAGUUACCCGUCUGAUGUGGUGAAGCAGCGGAUCAUGACUGAUCCAUUGGGGCCGGAGAGGAAGUAUGCGAGAUGGCGGGAUGCGGCGAAGAGUGUGUAUCGGGAUGGAGGGUGGAAGGGUUACUGGAGAGGGUUCGUGCCGUGCUUUUUGCGUGCAUUUCCUGCGAAUGCGAUGGCGCUGGUGGCGUUUGAGGGUGUGAUGAGGGCUUUGAACUGA